CUCCCUCGCGGGCACUAGCGGUGCAUUUCUCUCUGCCCACAUGGCAAUAGCGCGUAGAGAGGUGAUGAGUGUGGAUCUACCUUCACUGUCUCACUGUAUUUCGUCAAAAACUAAACGCCCGGCAUUUCUCCAUUGUUUACUUUGCACUGCAGCGACUCUUACGAAACGACGUGCGUGAACAUUUUGGGAAUCGGUGGCAAAUAGUUUGCUAAUAGGAUGCGGGCGCUGUCCGUGGUGCUGAAUCCGCUGCUGUUUCUGAUCCUCUUCGGAUACUGCCCUUCAGCGACCAUCAGGCCGAAGGAGGGUUGGCAGGUGUACAGCUCAGCUCAGGAUGCAGACGGCCGCUGUAUCUGCACAGUGGUGGCGCCUGAACAGAAUCUCUGCUCCAAAGACGCCAAGGGCAGACAGCUCCGCCAACUCCUGGAGAAGGUGCAGAACAUGUCCCAGUCUAUCGAGGUCCUGAAUCUGCGAACACAGAGGGACUUCCAGUACAUCAUGAGGAUGGAGAGUCAGAUUAAAGGACUGAGGUCAAAGUUCAGACAAAUUGAAUCGGACAGGAAGCCUUUAGCAGACAAAAACUUCCAGGAGCUAAAGGGGAAGAUGGAGGCUUUGCUGCCUCUGAUCCCCGUUCUGGAGCAGUACAAGAUGGACACCAGACUUGUCUCCCAGUUUAAAGAGGAGAUCAGAAACCUGUCAGAGGUGCUAACCACUAUCCAGGAGGAGAUGGGGGCCUACGACUAUGAGGAGCUCCAGAAGAGGGUCUCGAGUCUGGAGGGCAGGCUCCGCAACUGCAUGAGCAAGCUCACCUGUGGCAAGCUGAUGAAGAUCUCUGGGCCUGUGACAGUGAAGACAUCGGGGACCAGGUUCGGAGCCUGGAUGACUGAUCCACUGGCCUCUCCUACUAACAACAGGGUUUGGUGCAUGGACAGCUACACCAACAACCGUAUUGUUAAGGAGUACAAGUCCAUAUCAGACUUUGUUGCCGGGGCUGAGUCUCGAACAUACAACCUGCCGUUCAAAUGGGCCGGUACUAACCACGUGGUGUACAACGGCUCAUUGUACUACAACAAGUUCCAGAGCAACAUUAUGGUCCGCUACAGCUUUGAGACCGGACGCGUGGCUACCCAGAGGGCCUUGGAAUCGGCUGGCUUUCACAACGUUUACCCCUACACGUGGGGCGGCUUCUCCGACAUUGACCUCAUGGCGGACGAGCUGGGACUGUGGGCCGUGUAUGCCACCAAUCAGAACGCAGGCAACAUCGUCAUCAGCCAGCUGAACCCGGACACCCUGCAGGUUCUCGGCACCUGGAACACUGAGUACUCCAAGAGGAACGCCGGGGAGUCCUUCAUGAUCUGUGGAACCCUCUACAUCACCAACUCCCACUUGACGGGGGCCAAGGUGUACUAUGCCUACUCCACUAAGACCUCCAGCUAUGAGUACACGGACAUCCCCUUCCACAACCUGUACUUCCACAUGUCCAUGCUGGACUACAACGCCCGUGAGCGCGCCCUGUACGGCUGGAACAACGGCCACCAGGUGCUCUUCAACGUCACGCUGUUCCACAUCCUUAGGACGGACGACGACUCCUGAGGAGAAACGGUCUCUGUGUUCCCCUUUGUGGUGGAGUGUUAUACUUGGUGUGUUUCUUUUCUACAACUGUUUUCUUGUCGUCGCUGACUCUCUCUUCCCCCUUUCUCAUGUUUUGCACUCAAACUUGUCAGUGACAAUGAGGGAUGGUGGUGACAUGUACUUGCACAGUACCUUGGCUUUUGCAUCCAUGGCUGCAGAUAAGAAAGAGUAUGCCUUAUUCAUUGCAGUGUAUUCUGUAAGCCCAAGGGAAACAGCUCUUGUGCAUGAAUGUAUGUCUAUCCUGAUAGCAUUUCUACUGUAACUCUGUAUCCGUGUCUUUUGUAUUGGCAACCGUCGAAUUUCUCUUAAAUAUAACAUAAUUUAUUACCCUACAAAACAUUAUAGUUCUAAA